UUGUUAUGAUAGUGGUAUCGCGCCGUUGUCGCGUGCCUACCCUUAUCUCUGGUCACAGGUCACCGCUAUAAGAGCCGGGUGCGAGGGCGUCUUGUCACAUUCCGUUUCGCUUCGCACUAAAUGCGACGACGCAGUUUUUUACACACUCUCAAAAUCAAGUGAUUAUUUUAUCCUCCAAGAUGCCGUGGACGAGCACUAACAGAAUCUAUGCGAAACCCUCGAACACCAGCGGAGGUGAAGGCCCGCUGUUGAGUCAGAGCGGCGCGAAGCCCGCGCUGACGGCCGCUGCGGACAGCGGCGGCCGGUUCGAGUUCAGCGAUCACGGCUACGGCAAGGGCUCCGUCAAACUUCUCCACGUCCAUCGCGAUGGCGACUACCACACCAUCCGCGAGUUCGAAGUCUCCACGGAGCUCAAGCUCUCCUCAGAAUCUGCUUACGUUAUCGGAGACAACAAAGAAGUCGUCGCCACUGACUCCCAGAAGAACACGGUGUACCUCCUAGCCAAAAAGCAUGGAGUUAAAACACCUGAAGAAUUUGGAGCAGUGGUGGUCAACCAUUUCUUGUAUACCUACCGGCAGAUUGUGGAGGCAAGGUGCCGCGUGGUCGAGUACCCAUGGGAGAGGCUUCAAGCAGGAGCGCCCCAUAAUCACGCAUUUGUGUUUUCACCAACUGCAACUAGAUGGUCUUUAGUAUCACAAGUUCGACAUGAAGCCGUGGUGGUGAAGUCUGGUCUAAGCGGUCUGCGAGUAUUGAAGACAACCCAAUCGGCUUUCGUAGACUUUGUGCAAGACGAGUACACCACGCUAGCAGAUGCCGCUGAAAGAAUUUUCAGUACGGUAGUGGAGGCAGAGUGGACAUACGACAGCAUGCGUUCAGCGGACUUCGACAACGCUUGGCUGACAGUCAAGGACGCCAUUCUUGACAAGUUCGCUGGGCCACCAGACGUCGGCGUCUAUUCGCCGUCGGUCCAACACACCCUGUAUCAAGCUGAGAAAACUGUGCUGGAGAAAGUACCUGAGAUCUCAUGGAUCAAGAUGACAAUGCCGAACAAGCAUUAUCUGAACAUAGACAUGUCUAAGUUCCCCGCAAACGUGACGAAAGGCGACCCCCGACACCACAUCUAUCAGCCCAUAGACAAACCCGCGGGCCUCAUUUAUGCUCAGCUACGGCGCAAGCUGAAAAGCCACUUGUGACGCAACGUAGACGCGUAGCGGCGUAGAGCCCGCUACGAUGCAACCUUAUCACUACUGCCAGUUGGCACGUCAGUUGUUUAA